AUGUCGAAAGCUGCUCGUGGCAAAAUCGAUCCGCUGACGUUCAAUGCAGAGCAAGAUUUGAUCGACGGUACGCGCUUCAAGCGGCUUGAGUUGCCUCUUCAAGCGCUUCAGUCGCCGCUACUGGCGUCGCCGGAUAGUGCACUAGUGAGACGAUGGAUGGCCAUAGCGGUCGCAAUGACAGCUUUUAUGAACGGCACAAUGGCAUCUGUAGCAGUUCCAGUAGCUGUGGACUUUCUACAGUACGAAUCGGACGACAUGCUGGAUAAACUUAAGUACGGCUCGCUAUUUGCCUGCAGUCCGCUAGUGGCUGUUCUAUUCUUGGUGCCAGCCAUGUGGCUGGCUCAGCUGGACCGCCAGUACGGAGGCUUGUCCAUGCUCACUGUGACGUUUGUGUGCUGGACAGGGUCUAGCUUGGCGAGUGCGUGUGCAUCACUAGUCCAGGGUGGACAACGCUUAGGCGUCAUGUUGCUGGCGCGCACGGUCAACGGCCUCGCCAGCAGUAGCGGCAGCAUGGCGGUGGUCAACGCGGUCGGCACGGCAACUAACGAUGAGAACCAGCGCCUGUCCAUGCUGCUGAUGACGGUUGUGUUGUUCGAGGCUGGCCAGGUGUUUGGGAUGCUGCUGAGUGGCUUGGCGACACUGUCUGGCGUGGUGCGCGGCUGGCAAAUAACAUUCUGCAUUACGGCCAGCCUGGCAGCGGUGGGUGCAGGUGUGGUGAGCUUAGCACGGCAUGAGCUGGGCAAGUACAGCAUAGAUACAAGACCGUUCAUGCCCAACCUCGCUGCUCUAGUCCGUAUUCUCAAGACCCCGCUGGCGAUUAUCUUGUCCCUGGCGUAUUUCCUUGUAAUAGCAUCGUCUGUGCAAACCGCCAUAAUCAGUCCGCUGUGGAUACGUGGCUUUGCACCGACCACAAUUGCCGCUGUAACCGCUGUUCUUCUCAGUACGCGCAAUAUCCUCUUCUUGUUCGUGCUACUGAUGAGGUGCUUUGCACAGCCAUCUGCGACUGUUCGGCGAUGGCGGGCCUUGGUGUUCUCGACCUUAUUGCUAAGUGUCGCUUUCGUAGUAUUUACAAUCAUGGAUUCAACCACAUCUCACGUCUCAGCAAUCGUCUUACCGCUCUCCAUAGUUGGUUUUGCUAGUGGUGAAGUAGAAAUUAACUUAUUCUCUGUUCUUGCUAGCAUUCUUAACGACCGAGGUAGCUCACAUUUCGGUGAGCUUCGCUUCCUUCAAGUCUUUCUGAUGCUGAUCUCCUACUUCAUAGCGCCGCUGUUCGCAGUGUCGAUGACAUCAUUGGUCAGCUUUGAUUGGCUGUUCUACAUCACAGCCCUGCUGCUAGCUCUCUUCACGCCGUUCAUUGCUGUGCUCAAGUCAUACGAGGAGCGUGUCUUGGCAGAGCAUGAUCAUACUAGUGAUAACAUUGCCGGUGAUGGUUGA